AGGUCCUUCCUGAAGUGGCAAAGGUAGAAAUCCCGCGGUGCUACAGGACGGCUACAUCUGUUGGAGGUUCCAACGAAGUACAAAUGCACAUCUUCGUCGAUGCUAGCGAGAAGGGUUUCGCGGCGGUGGUGUAUCUGCGAUUCAAGGAGGGGCCCAUCAUCGAAACUGCGCUGGUUGGAUCGAAGACUCGUGUUGCACCAAUCAAAUUUCUGUCGAUUCCGCGCUCGGAGCUUCAAGCUUGCGUUAUCGGAGUCAGGUUUGCGAACAGCAUAGCACAGUCACUGUCUAUCAAGGUGAAUAGACGCUACUUCUGGACGGAUUCCAGUGACGUCAUCAGCUGGCUCAAAUCCGAUCAUCGUCGGUAUAGCCAAUUUGUUGCUUUCCGAGUGAGUGAGAUACUAGAAGCUUCGGAAGUUUACGAGUGGCAAUGGAUCCAAACUAAAAAGAACGUUGCUGAUGAUGGCACGAAGUGGAAACGGGUGCCUGACAUGACUAGAACUAGCCGAUGGUUUAACGGACCGGAAUUUCUCAAGAACAUUGAAGGAGAAUGGCCUGUGGAACUACACAUCGAAGGACCUACUACGGAGGAACUGCGCCCACAUUUGCUCGUUCACGUCAAAUUACCGGAGCCAAUCAUCGACCUCCAAAACUGCUCUAAAUGGACUCCACUUGUCCAUCGAACUGCAUACGUGUUUCGAUUCAUCGGGAACUUGAGGACAUCCAGACCCGAAGAAAGAACUAUUGGAGUGUUGACGAGUUCAGAGCUAGCUACGGCUGAAAACUAUUUGUACCGGCUUGCUCAGGGAAGUUCUUACCCAGAUGAGGUAGCAGUACUAUCGGGCAUACGAGCGUCGGAAAACUUCACAUUAACGAUACCGAAGAACAGUUCAAUCUAUCAUCUUUGUCCGUUUCUAGACGAACAUGAUGUACUCCGCGUUCGUGGUAGAACCAUCAGUUGUCCGUUUGUUAAUCAGGAUGCGGUGAAUCCUGUUAUUCUUCCACGAGACCACCACAUCACCCGUCUCGUCAUAUCCCACUACCACAGCAAAUAUCAUCAUCAAAACCAUAACACAGUUAUCAACGAGCUGCGGCAGCGAUACAGCAUCCCUCGUCUGAAGGCUGCCUACAACAGGAUCCGUCAAUGCUGUCAGCAAUGCAAGAACGACCGUGCACGACCGCAACCACCGGCUAUGAGCGACUUGCCUUUACCUCGCUUGGCCGCCUACGCUCGUCCGUUCACUUACAUGGGGGUGGACUACUUUGGACCGUUUGUGAUUAUCCUUGGACGACGUCUCGAGAAACGUUGGGUACUUCUCGCCACUUGCCUUACCACUCGUGCCAUCCACUUGCAAAUCGUUCACACAAUGACUACCGACUCUUGUAUUAUGGCACUGAGAAACGUCAUGGCUAGGAGGGGGGUACCUGCAGUCGUGUAUAGUGACAGAGGUACAAAUUUCCAGGGAGCCAGUAAAGAACUCCAAGAGGCUAUGGAGAACUUGGAUCGAGAUCGUCUAGCGGCGGAGUUCACCACCUCCCAUACGUCCUGGUAUUUCAUUCCUCCCGCUUCACCGCAUAUGGGUGGAGCAUGGGAACGUCUCGUACGAACUGUCAAACAGAACCUUGGUAAACUGAAACUCAACAGAACGCUGUCCCAUGAAGUCCUCGAAAACAUGCUAACGGAGAUAGAGAAUAUCGUCAACUCUCGUCCGCUAACUAGCAUUCCAAUCGACGAUGACCAGUCACCGGUGCUAACUCCCAAUCAUUUUUUGCUGGGAUCAAGCAAUGGACUAAGGCCUUGGGUUCCGUUUGACGACAGCUCUGAAGUGCUCAAGAACUGCUGGAAGCUUUCGCAAACUUUAGCCAACCAAUUUUGGAAGCAGUGGCUUCGGGAUUAUCUUCCCUCAAUCACUCGAAGGACGAAAUGGCUCACGGAGGUGAAACCCAUCAGAGUCAACGAUAUCGUUGUCAUCGUGGACCCGAAACUUCCUCGGAACACUUGGCCUAAAGGCCGAGUUAUUGGGAUAAAGCAGGGAUCGGACGGACAGGUGCGAAGUGCUACUGUGCAGACUUUCGGUGGCAUCUACGAGCGACCAACUGUGAAGCUUGCCGUGCUCGACGUAGGCGCUGGAAGCAAUGCGCAUCAGGAUGACCAGAAGCCCAUUCCGGGGGGAGUGUUGGUUGCGCUACGUUGACGAGCCCGUUAAGCCCCACACGCCCCACACAGUCGACGUAGAUGGUCGAAUCCAUCCACACCCAUCGUACGUACGGAGGAUUGUUUUGUCUAUGGGACAGUGGGAAGACCAGAAGAAAAACAACAGAAGCUAUUGUUCGAAGUUUUUCUGUGCACUUCAACCGGCUUAAGAAUAAUUAUUACUAAAUUACCUAGUGCUGAAUACCUAGUGAAUUCUUAAAUUAAGUAAAAUACACAAUCUUAUACUAGUGAAUUAUCGAUUGAGUUCGGGCAGAAAAUAUUUUUUGCUACUGCAGGAAUAUUGCGAUACGGCCUAAGAAAAGACCGAGAAAGGUGCUUAAACUACGUUAAAUCGACAAGUGAAGGUGAAAAUUAAACUAAAAAUGUUGGUUUAAGCUUAUGAACUACAGUUAUGAUCUAAUUAGACACAGGAAAUACAGCUACAACUUGGACAGAACAUUUAGACUAAAACGUUGAGCGGUAUAGAAUCACUACAAGUAAGGAACGAUCUCAUACUCAAUCUAAUUACAAAUAAUUUCAAAUAUGACAUUUAUAUUAGGAAUUUUGUAAUUCAAUAAAACUGAAUACAUUGAAUUGACAAAAUCUCG